AUGCAGCCUGAUAUUUCAGAUCAUAUCUUCUUUUCUUUUCUCACCGGAGGACUCUGUGCCUCGUCGAGCACCACUGCAACGUCUUCUUUUUACCCUUUCCCAACCUUCGAAGAUUCCAUCUCUCAAGACAAAACUCUUUCAUCUCUGAGGAAACAUAAAGAAGCUGAGCGAAGAAGAAGAGAGAGAAUCAAUUCCCAUCUCAAGAAGCUCCGCUACUUACUCUCUUGUAACUCCAAGACAGAUAAAGCCACAAUACUGGCAAAAGUGGUUCAACGAGUCAAAGAACUAAAACAACAAACACUAGAAAUCUCCAAUAUCGAAAGCUUACCGUCGGAGACGGACGAAAUCAGUGUACUCAACUAUGAAGACUGUUCCAACGACGGCAGUCGAAGAAUCUUUAAAGUAUCGUUUUGCUGCGAGGACAGGCCAGAUCUCUUUCAAGAUCUCAUGGAAAGACUCAAAUCUCUUCAGAUGGAAACUCUCUAUGCCGAUGUGACAGCAGUCGGUGAUCGGACAAGAAUCCAACUAGUUGUGGCCGCCGACAAAGAGCAGCACGGCGUUGAGUCGGUACAGUUUCUACAGAACGCACUCGAGUCAUUACUCGAACGGUCAAGCGAGUCGGUGAUGAUGGGACGUGCUGGUGAUGUGGGAGAAAGAUCAAGACGACGUCGUGCGCUUGAUCACAUCAUAAUGGUGUGA